AUGCCUUCUAAAGGAACAAUCGUUCUUACUGGGGCCAACGGUGGCAUUGGACGCGCCAUCGUGUCCCAAAUCCGGUCCUCACCAGAGCUCUCCUCAUACCACGCCAUCUACACUGUACGCGACGCAUCAUCAUCUUUGCCCCCUCAGUUAGAUCCUCAACAAAAAUCCAACACCAACACACAAGCAUUCGAUACCAUCUCUCUCGACCUUUCCAAUCUGGCCAGUGUCCGCACAACGGCAGCCAGCAUCAAUGCACGAGUCACAGCGGGGGAGAUCCCGCCCAUCCGUGCUCUUAUCCUGAACGCUGGAUACCACGAGAUGAACAUUCAAAGUUUCACAGAAGACGGGUUUGCAACAAUGUUUAUUGCUAACCAUCUUGGUAAUUGGUUGCUUGUUCUUUUACUACUGCAGAGCAUGGAUCGCGACAUGGGCCGAAUAGUGGUGCUUGGAAGCAAGGCCCAUGAUCCCUCAUUAAAGCAAAAUGCGCUCCCUUUCAAAGAUGAGAAAUGGAGGACGAUGCUUCAUGAAAGCACCGAUCCGAUUGCGAAUGGGACCUGGAGUUCGUUCAAAGAAGACCCAUCGUAUGCGAGCGGAAUGCGACGAUACGGUGCUUCCAAGCUCUGUCUUAUUAUGAUGAUCGGGGAACUCCAGCGGCGUCUCUCCACUGACCCCGCCCUCUCCAACAUCUCCAUUCUCGGUGUCGAUCCGGGCGCCGUUCCCACUAACAUAGCCCGAAGAAGCCCAUUUUUCAUCCGCGUAAUCAUAUUCCAGUUCAUCUUCCCGCUCAUUGCCGCUAUCCAACAAUGGCGUAAUCCUACUGGUAACAACACCAUACGCACCCCGGAAAAGUCUGCGAGGGACGUACUAGCGGCGGCUAUGGAUAGUAACCCAGUACUUGGUGAACGGCCACAGGGGUUGUAUCUGGAUGGAUCAGAGUUGGCUGAAGUUAGUCCUGAGGCAAGGGAUGAGAGGAAGAGGUUGAUGGUUUGGAGGGAUAGUGUGAGGUAUACGGGGAUGAAGAAGGAGGAUACAAUGCUUGUAGAUUGGGAGUAA